AUGUCUCGUCGCAGACCAAUCGACGAUUCAACUGGGUCACGGAUCCACAACAACGAAAGCAAGGUCUUUGUUUCUCAGUCAGGGGUUACAGCAACUGCUGCUACAAGUGGCUCGAACAUUGUACGGCCUCCAAGCGGCCCACGUGCCAUGCUGCCAGCAACGGCUAGCAUGUCGUCUGCUGUUCCCCAAGGGAGCUCGCAGCGCCAACCCCCUCUAGAACCAGCACACUCAGCUUCAGAUCCCCGUUCAAUCGUGGCCUCCGUGCCUAUGGAGUCGGUAUGGAAACCCAUUCCUCCUACCGACCCUCCACCUCCCCCGCCCAAGAAGGAAGAGAUGACUGUGGAGGAGAAGCGGGCGGCGUGGAGUGAACGGAUCGCGCUUCUGUCAGAUGUCGUCUCGGAACGCAUGAAGGCAGCGACGAUCGAACGCGACAUGCAGCACUACCGCAGUCUCAUUCAGUCCAAUCGGUUCGAGGCGUUCCCGGCUGCAGAAAAAACACGCACACAGACAAUCCUCAAACAAGUAGAAAUACGAUUAGAUGAGGAAAGGAAGGUCAUUGAUCAACUCGUUUCUCGUCUUGUAGACAUCGGCUUCUGGCCAGUCCUUGCGCCCUAUGACGUCCCAGCCUUCGAGGACAAGUACAAGGAUAUGAAGGACUCCGUCGAAGGUCUCGGUGGCAGCAUUGCCCAACUGCAGGAGAGAAUGGCAAAGGUCACCUUGCAACAUCAAAGUCGGAUGGCCGGAACAGCGGGGAGUUCCAUAGGCAUUGAUGCAGAGGGACCCGCGAAGAAGCGCAAGCGUCUUUUCCUCCCAGGAGACACACCGGAGGCAGCCUACCAUGCGUUGUCGAACGAUCCUGACCGAGAUCACGAGUCGGCCGAGAUGGAGAUAGCGGCUGACGGUCUUCAGGAUCGCAUUCGCAGCAUCGACCAUCGCGUGCUUGAACUCGACAACAGCUUAACGCAACACGUGCGAGACGUGAUCAGCGAAUUCGACACCAUGCUGGAUGAGAAAAUUGGUGAAAUCCUCACUGACCCAUCUACCGUUGCACAAGCAGGCGAUCUGGUUUCCCCGGUCGUGCAGCAAGCAAUCGAAAAGCUCAACAAGGAGGUGUCGGAAGCGGGCGGUGACAUUCAGGUAAUAGCAGAUGAGGUAGCCGAAUUGAUUGCGCAAUCGGGCAAUAUGACCAAGGAAAAUGUACGCUUACAGGUGGAGAACGAGAAGCUGCAGAUUGAAAUUGCAGAACUCCGAAAAAUCGUUCAAUCACAAAGCGAUUCUUAUACUGAUCUUACCAAGCGAAUGGCUGCGCUUCAGAUUGCCCUCACCAAACGCCUGAACGCCCCGCCACCUCCCCCUCCACCUCUGGAUCUCAUCAUAGAGGCACUGAAGCGUCCUACCGUCGAGAUAGUCCGUAAAGAAUUGACGAUCCAACUCGCCAAAUUUCGGGAGAAUGUGGAGGACAUAUUGCACACUCAGGCAGACGAUGUGCGGAACGCGCUAUGGCCUCAGCUUGUGCAGAGCAUGAAGAUGACCCAAUUGAUCAUGGCAUGGAAAGAAAGUUUCGACCCUCAAGGGGUCGAGCACAUUCCAGGGCGUUCUCAUCCCGAAGCAAGACCAACCGACUCCCUUGGGGGUACACCAUGA